CAGGGCCCAACUGCUGUCACUCCAAGCUCUGCCAAGGAGGAGGGAGGGAUCCGCAGCAACAGCAGUAGUAAGGCCAGGCAGAGCUGUGGGACACAAAAAGAUACAGGGAGGGGAGUGCCCAGGCUAGGUGCCAGGCUCACAGAGGACAGAAGAUCAGGGCAAGAGAACUGAAGCCUUGAAGCAGAGGAGGGAGAGCAAAGGGGACAGAAGACAGGGAAAUCCGCGGGUUACGGAGGCACCUACCAAGGAUGGGGACAAAAUGGCACAGCCCCAAGCUGUCCUUGACCCUGAUGCUUCUAACACUGGAGGCUGGGUGGGCUCAAGAAGGGUCGGAGCCUGUCCUGCUGGAGGGGGAGUGCCUGGUGGUCUGUGAGCCAGGCCGGCCUGCUGCAGGAGGACCUGGGGGAGCAGCCCUGGGAGAGGCACCCCCAGGACGAGUGGCGUUUGCUGCAGUCCGAAGCCACCACCAUGAACCAGCAGGAGAAACCGGCAACGGUACCAGUGGUGCGAUCUACUUCGACCAGGUGCUGGUGAAUGAGGGCGGUGGCUUCGAUCGGACCUCGGGCUGCUUCGUGGCCCCUGUCCGUGGAGUCUACAGCUUCCGAUUCCAUGUGGUAAAGGUGUACAACCGCCAAACUGUCCAGGUGAGUCUGAUGCUGAACACAUGGCCGGUCAUCUCAGCCUUUGCAAAUGACCCUGAUGUGACCCGAGAGGCAGCCACAAGCUCUGUGCUGCUUCCCCUGGACCCGGGGGACCGUGUGUCCCUGCGCCUUCGUCGAGGGAAUCUUCUGGGUGGCUGGAAGUAUUCAAGCUUCUCCGGCUUCCUCAUCUUCCCACUCUGAGGACCAUGCCUUUAAACGACAGAUAUCUCGUACCUGACCCUUCUGCCCUCCCCUGCCCCAGAAACAAGUAUCUUUGGAGCAAGAGAAAGGCCCCCUCCAGGCUGCCUACGGCCGCCUCCUUGCAUGAGAUCAUAUCUAAACACCUAAGGCUAGGCAUAGAGAAGAGAAGAGCUAUUGAAUCCCUAACACUCCUCACCCCGACCUCUCUCUCGGCUGCCUGUCCUGCCCGCAGCCCUGGAUUAAGGCCGGAUUUGCCCAGAGGGAAGCUUGCGCUUCUUCAGACUCCACUCAGCCUGUUCUCCACCCCAGCUUCCUGCUCAGUGCUAUUUGGUGACAGGUGGUGCAGGUAGGCUUGACAGGCUCCCACAGGGGCCCAGAUGGACCAGCCUCAUAGUACCUGCAGGCUCCAUCCUGUGAGGAAUGCCAACAAUGAGAGCUCUCAGCCAGCACCCUGUGAACAGGGCUGACAGCUCAACCACAAAAAGCAGUGUAGGGAGGGCCACAGAGCAUCCGUAGCUGGCGAGACAGGAGGGGACCAUGUAAACGUUCUGCAGGUAAACUGGGAGAGUCAGAAGACAAGAAUCUGCUGUCCAUCUGUGCCAGGUCCCAAUGGACUCUGGCCCUCAUCUCCUGACCAGAGGGGUGUGUGUGAGUGUGUGUGUGUGUGCGUGCACGCACACGCGCGUGUGUGUUUGCUCCGGUUAACAGGAGAAACUAGAGCAGGUACACAGACCUGGAGGCAGGGUCAAAGGUCACGCAUGAGUCAUCAGUUAACCACAAGUCCUCUUCCUCCACCUCCUAGAACUGCCCCACCUUUGAAAUCUAAAUUUCAGUCACUCCCCACUCUUGACUAACACCUAGUUCCUCCAGCUGUCUCCCAGCUUAUUUCCCUGUACCUGUAGCCUGUGUUUCCCCCUCCCCCAAACCCAACCCCACCCCCCAUCGCUCUUCCUCUAGACCUGCAAUGUCUUGCUCUCCUGUUACCUGGGAGUUCAUGACUCAUCCCUCCAAUUAUUCUCCCACCAACAUCAGAAACUCUCUGUUACCUGGUCAUCCCAACGGUCCAGCGUGAAUGGACCUAUCUAGAGCAACUGAGGAGCUGCAGCUGUUAACAGGGUGCACUUGUGGUGUGUUAGUGAGGGUGCGGUUUGGAACAGGGACGACAGGAUUGAAGCACAUAUGGCAUGUUGGAGAGAAAAUAAACUCAAAGCUGAGCAUCCUAAGAGUCAACGUUUUUAAAAAGCUAUCAUGUAUAGUCCUCAUGCUAAAUAAAUACCAGAACAAGUUUCAAAA